UCUUAAAAAUUUUAAAUUCUUAAAUGCGUAAAAAAUUUUUUUGAAAAUUUUUGAAUUUAAAGAAAAAAAUAAAUGAAUUUUAUGCCAUUCAAUCAGAAUUUUCAUACUUAGUACUGUAAAAAAAACCGCGUUUAAAUAUAGUGAUUUUACAUGGAGAUAUUAAGGGUGAUACGGGACUUUUGGGACAUACUGUAUACAAUUUUAGAUUCCCUGGAGGAGCUUUAGAAGUUGGUUGCCUAGCAGCAACGUGGGCAAUAGUACAAGCCAGGCGUAGGACCACUCCACCUGUUCCAUUGAGUCUUGCUGAGUGGCCAGCUACAUUAAAUUCCUCUGAGUGGGGCCCAUGAUUGAUGAAUUGUAAUGGUACGGAAAAUAGAUUUUUCCAAGGGUCGUUGGAAGUCUUGGGUGAAGAUGUGUACAGUUUGUUGGACUUGUAUUUUCAAAUACCCAAUUCUUCCUACAAAUGAAUGUACAAAUGCUAUCUGUACACAUCAUAUGCAUCGACAGCACCUUUCAAUUGAAGCCAACCAACCCAACAGAUAUUUCUCAGCUUUUAACUCUGCAAAUUGUUUUGAACAAUGUGGCAAUUCAUAUUAUCCAUGCCCUACUCAUAAAUAACACAAAGGCUGCAUAUUGUAGAGUUACACAAUUCAUAAGAAACAAUUUAAAAUUGAACAUUUCUUAUGAUAAUGUACAAUUAAUUACUGAUUUUGACCUAGGGUUGAGAAAUGUCAUUAAUAGGGAUAUCCCAGAAGCCACAAAUACUGGGUGUUGGUUUCACUAUAUACGUUGCAUAACAAGAUAUCUGAGAAGCAAUGUGCUUACAAGCUUGUGUAACACAAAUAAAAAUGCUAGUUGUAUUGUAAGAAUGAUUAUGGCAUUGCCAGACUUGCCAGCAAAUGCAAUUGAACACCAACAAAAUAGAUCUUCUAUCCAAUUGGGCUUCAGAUUUAUUCAGGAUAUAGGGUCCAGAGUUUUGCCUUCCGUGGUCCGGAUCCGGACCGCGGUCCGCCAGUUGCCGAUCCCUGAGUUAGACUAUAAGUCUCAUAAACAAUUUAUACAUUUAUAGCAAGGGACUAUGACUUAUGAGAUGGAAGCAGAAAGAGAAGGGUUGUACUUUAAGCAAUUUUGGUUGGAUGUCCGUAAAUUUUUUCGGUUUAUCGCUUGAGGUACCGUACCAACAAUUUCAUAGAAUCUUACCAUGCCACAUUAGUCAGACUCAUGGGUCAACAUCCGCCACUGUAUCAGUUUUAUGAGGCAUAGAGGAACAGUCGAGAACUGACUUUAUUAGAGCAGUGAAUGGACAACCAGUAAGGCGUGUAGAGUAUAGGGGCAAUACUCGACUGAGAAAUGACAUCAUUAACACUGCUUGGGAGAGAUGUGAGAAUGGAAUUUACAAUUUGGAAGAUUUUAUUAAAAACGUUUCUCAUACUCCCGAGCAGUUGUUAAGAAAUGAAAUUGGAGAGCCAAAUUUCAUAAAAUGUCCUGUUGUAUUCUUUGAUGCACCAAUUUGACCAUUGGCACCACCUCCCAACCACUACCUCAAAUCCAAGAAAUGGCUUAAACAGGACAUGCUCCAAUAGGAGGUCGUGGCCCCCUUACAAGUACAGGAUAGAGGGCAGCGAUAAAAUGUAAAGACACACUGGGAAGAAUUUUUUCAGGCAAUUAAAGAUGAAGUUCAUAAAGAACAAGAGGACUGAAUAAUUUGUUUUGAUCGACCCAUCACAUUCACAUUAAUUCCUUGCAGGCAUAUAUUUUGUAAUAUCUGUGUCACUAGGCUUGUGGCCGAUGAAAAUACAACAUGCCCACUCUAUAGGGGUAUAAUUCGGUUGUACUUAAAUUAAGACCAUCCAAUAUAAAUAUUUGGUUUAGUUUUAUUUAAUUUACGUUUGUUAUGUAUUAAGUUUUUUAAAGUGUUUAUUGGUAAUUUUAUUUUGUUUAGUUUUAUUUAAUUUAAUUUUAGUAAGUGCCUCCUACCUGUAUUAAGUGAUUUAAGUCUGUUAAUUCAUAUUUUGUUUUAUUUUAUUAAAAUUGUUUAUUUUAAAUUAUAUAGGUAACUGUAAACUGAAUAUUGUUUUAU